UGCUAAGAACCUCCAACCUUAUAAAAUGGAAUUGGAUGCAGAGCAUACUAUAUUUAGAAACACCAACCUUGCUAAUUAAAACCAUAUCUAUAUAUGAUUAUGGCAUUUUCAUAUAAUAAUACAUUUAAAGUAAAUAGUUCCAUUAAGAAAGGACCCUCCUAUGUCUCAUCAGACAAUUCUCAUAAUCACUUCAACCCACUCUUGUCAUUUUUAAAGGUAAGGUCUCUCUAUGGAACGAACACUUUUGAUUUUGUUUUACACAUUUUUGGUGCAAAAGAAACUAAUUAGAUUUGUGAUUCACCGAACAGCCAAACAUAAAAGGUAUACCUCAACUCUCCUUUCAAAUUGAUGAUGUUCCCAAAACUAUCAAAAAUACUUUCUCUAAAUUACUUGACGUUUUUGUCGAUUCUUUUUUUGAAUUCAUUGACAAGCCAUUGCUUUCAUCUCAGGUAAAUUAAUGCUCUUCUAAACUCCAUUUAAGCCCACAACGCACACACUUCACAUGGAAAAUGAACUUUGAUAAUUUGAAGUUUUAUCUUAAAAGUAAUUUUGGUCCGGUGGAAGAGUUGGGGGAAGCUAUUGCUGUGAGUAGCAUUCAUGGACACAUUCCGAGUGAUUUUCCUGAGGGUGUCUACAUUAGAAAUGGACCAAAUCCACUUUUUGGAGGAUUGAAAUCAACAAAAUCAAUAUUUGGUAGGUCAAGUCACAUUUGGGUGGAAGGAGAAGGAAUGCUUCAUGCUUUGUAUUUUCAAAAAUCAUCUAAUCAUGGAACCUGGACAGUCAUCUACAACAACAAGCAUGUUCAAACCGAAACUUACAAUCUUGAAAAACAAAGAAACAAACCAUUGUUUCUGCCAGCCAUAGAAGGCAAUUCAUUGGCCAUUUUGUCUGCUUACCUCUUCAACUGGCUGAGAUCUGGAAAAGUAAACAAAUACAUUAGCAACACCAAUGUCUUUGAACAUUCAGGGAAGUUUUACUCAAUUGCUGAAAGUGACAUGCCACAAGAGAUUGAUAUUUUGUCCCUAAAAACUUUAAAAAAUUGGGACCUAAGUGCAGCUUGGAAUCGACCCUUUACCAGCCAUCCAAAGAAAGCUCCAAGUACAGGGGAGCUAGUUACAUUUGGUGUGGAACCAACUAAACCUUUUCUUGUUGUUGGAAUCAUUUCAGCUGAUGGAAAAAAGUUGGUUCAUAAAGUUGAUCUCAAACUAAACAGGUGCAGUCUUGUCCAUGACAUAGGUGUUACACAAAGGUACAAUGUGAUAAUGGAUUUUCCACUGACCAUUGAUCUAAAUAGACUUAUAAGAGGAGGACCAUUAAUAAAGUAUAACAAGAAAGAAUAUGCAAAGAUUGGAGUAAUGCCACGCUAUGGUAAUGCUAACUCAAUCAAAUGGUUUGAGGUGGAACCUAAUUGCACCUUUCACAUUAUCAAUUCUUUUGAGGAAGGAGAUGAGGUUGUAGUGAGGGGAUGUAGAUCUCUUGACUCAUUAAUUCCUGAACCUGAUCUAAGUUCGAAUGAAUUCAAGUGCUUUUCUCGCUGCCACGAAUGGCGAUUGAAUAUGCAAACUGGAGAGGUUAAAGAGAAAGAUCUUUGUAAUGACAAAGCAGUUUAUAUGGAUUUUCCUAUUAUACAUGAAAAUUUUGUAGGUAUUAAGAAUAGAUAUGCAUACAUACAAGUAGUUGAUCCAAUUUCAAGCUCUACUCAAGAUGGGCCAAAAUACAGAGGUUUAGCAAAGUUAUACUUUGAAGAAUCAUCUACUGACAUCUGUUUGUCGAUUAGAGACAAAGAUGAACCUAUAAGGAUGGAAUACCAUAUGUUUGAGAAGAAUACAUUUUGCAAUGGGUCAACAUUUGUGCCUAGAGAUGGAGGUGUUGAAGAAGAUGAUGGUUGGAUCAUUACUUUUGUUCACAAUGAAGAUACUAACAAAUCUGAAGUUCAUAUAAUUGACACACAGAAUUUAACUGGUGAGGCAAUUGCCAAAAUUGGAAUGCCUUGCAGAGUUCCAUAUGGGUUUCAUGGAGCUUUCAUGCCAAUCUCAUUCCAGGAUCAAUAGAUUAUGCUAUUUAUUGAAAUUUUCCUCAUGAUUUAUUCAUUGAUAAAAAAGCAAAAACUAAAAUAAAACUUACUGGUAUAUGGACUUAUAAGUUAUAGAGACUAACAAAUACAAAGUAAUCAAAGUUCAAAAAUUAAAA